UAGGUAUCAUGAACAGUAUCAUGUAUUUACGCUUCUUAAUAUUUAUUUUUAUUAUCUCUAUUUUUACAACAACCACGAAUGCUUUCAUAUAUGAUCGUAUUGUUGUCGUUCACCAAUGGUCUCCAGCAUUAUGCCGAUCAUCAUCAUGCUCACUAAAUCCACUGCCCAUGUUCACAUUACAUGGGGUGUGGACGGGAUUACUAAUACCUAAUAAACCACCUCCAACGAACUGUGUGUCAGGAUAUUUUGGCAAGGUUUAUGACGAAAAUGUGUGUAAAAUGAAAGAAAGGGAGUUGACGCGUAUUUGGAUCGAUUUCCAGCAUGGUGACGAUAAUGAAUUUUGGAAAGCCCAAUGGGAUAUGCAUGGUAGUUGCUUUUACGAAAAUUUCAAUCAAGAGGCAUAUUUUCAAAUGGCCAUAGAUCUUUAUCAGGAAGUUGAUCUUGUUAGAGUUUUGAUGAGUCAAAAUAUAGACCCAAUAUAUGAGCAGGACUUUGAACUAGAGGAUCUUAAGAAUAAACUUCGAGAUGCACUUGGUGGAGUAAGGGUUCAAAUUAGGUGCACAACUCCAACCGAUCAGAAUGAUCGUCCUCUACCGAACGAAAUUGAAGAAAUCAGGGUAUGUUAUGACCCAGUUGGAAACCAAAGGGUAGAUUGUGAAGAUCCUGAUAUAGGUUGUGGAAAAAUAGUAAAAUGGUUUAUCUAACAAAAUAAUAAACCUUUUUGGAAUUCAAGAAAUUGUCUAUGCAAUAAAGGUUUAUAUUAUUUUGUAUUUCCUUUUAAUUGUUUCUA